CUCAUAUCGUUGCUUAUGUAAACUCGCGUUGCUUUGCAAUCUUCCACUUUAUUUUUAAUCGUAUAAACAUGAAGGAUUAAAGAAUGUUCUAUAGAUACCUGGAGUACAAGAAUUAUGAAAUCGAAAGUAUUGUGUGCCAAUGUAGUGAUACUAGUUGUCUUCUCUGUUAGUGAGUUGUACGGUAAAGAAAAAAAUACUUUUAUAUUGGAUAGAAAACAGGUUGUUAGCGAAACGGAAAAGGUCCCUUCCAAAGAACACAAUGAAAUAUCCAAAACUAUUGCGAAACCGGUAGUAAAAUACGUGUGUCCGGAAAAGGAAAUCUCUAAGCCUUUCUUUGCUUUACCUUGUUCAAUAAAAAAAGAUUGUGAUAUAUUCGGACGAUCUACUCUUUGCUGUGAUAAAAGAUGCAUUCAAGGUGUCACGCCUCUAGUAUCAAAACCAAAACAAUCAGGUGAAAAAUUAAAUGCAAUAAGGGCAAUUACUAAAAAUGAAAAUAACGAACAUUCGGAAAUCUUAAUUACGUUAACCGCAGAGUAUGUGUGUCCUGACAAAAAUGUCCCACAACCUUUCUUCGCCUUACCUUGCUCAACAAAAAAAGAUUGUAAUAUAUUUGGCAAAUCUGUACUUUGCUGUGACAAAAGAUGUGUUAAAGGUGUUGAACCUUCAAAACUGGAGCCAACACAUGUACCCGCUUUUUUCGGAUUCGUUCAACAAAUAUGUCCAAAAGAACCAUUUGCAGAAAUAUUUGAAAUUAAAAAAUGUACCUCUGAUCAAGAGUGUUCACCCAGAAUAUGUUGCCCAGAAACAUUGAAGUCGGGAGAACAAGUUAGUUAUUGUAGGACAGCCCAGCCUCUUUGGGAAAAAAUUCCUGCACCUAGGCAACUUGUGGAACCAAUUCGGGCUCUAGUGGCAUACAUGCAAUGUACUCCUCCACCUCCGCCAAUUUUAGAUCUUUUUCCGAAACCUUGCGAUUCGCAACUUGAUUGCUUUCCCAAUCUUUGUUGUCAAGAAAGAGGGAAACGAUACUGUAGACCGCCGAAGAAGUCAUUGGUUACCGUAAUAGCAGGAAUAGGACAGAGAAUUAUACCAACAGACGCCGCUAAGGAGUUCAUAAAAAGGAUAUCAUAGAUUGAAAAACUGAAGUAUUUCUAGUUUUACAAUAAUACCAGCAGUGUGGACUUUUUUAAAUGAGGGUGUAAUUUUUGUACUAUAAUUCCAAUUAUAUCUUAUAAGAGAUAUUAUAUGAUAAUUAUAU